AUUACAAUUACCGCGUAUACCACAAAAUCUCACUUUUGCACCAGUGUAACCUAAGAUUCCCUUAAUAUUUAAGUAGUCUUUCCAUAUAUAAAAGAAAGAAUCUGGUAGAGGUAUGCUCAGAAUAAAUUCUUGGAAACACGCUUCUUAGGUAAUUACCUACUUCAUACCUCAACGCAAGACCAAUGGCUUCUACUGUUGUUCUAAUCACCGGUGCCAAUCGAGGUAUUGGUAAGGGCCUUGCUGAGCGCUACCUCGCCCUGCCUAAUCAUAAAGUCAUUGCUGCGAACCACAACCCGGAGCAUCCUACGUCUAAGGAGCUUGCCAACCUACCUAAAGCCCCCGGAAGCAGCCUCAUUAUCGUGAAGGUCGAAGCUACGAGCAACACAGACGCCGUGGAUGCUGUAAAGGAACUCCAGAAGCAGGGAAUCGAUCAAUUAGAUAUCGUAAUUGCUAACGCCGCCAUCUCGCUCGGUUUCACUAAAGUUGUCGAUGCAAAGGUUGAGGACAUGGAUCGGACUAUGGAUGUCAAUGUCUUCGGCGUGCUACGACUAUUUCAGGCUACCCUACCGCUGCUUCGCAAGGCCGCUACUCCUAAAUUUGUGACGAUUGGAUUUGAUGCUGGAUCUAUAGAGGAAAUGUAUUCAUAUCCCAACGCUGUUUACGGUCCUUCAAAGGCCGCUGUUCAUUGGAUCACAAAGAGCAUUAAUGAGGAAGAGGACCACAUCAUCGCAUUCGUGAUAGAUCCAGGGUGAGCGACAAAGUACUAUCCUCUCUGGAAUAGACUUUACUGAUCAACUCUUCUAUAUUUUAUUAGUACUGGCACAAUUUUUCUAGCCAAUCAGAUCCUUAGAAUCGCCCCGCAGUAGGCGACUUUUCCCUUUGCCAUUCUAUCGCAAACCGAGGGCCCCCCUUGUGGGGACCACAAGAGCCCGACUUUUAGCAGGCUUAUGUCAUCCCUUAUGUCAUCCCCCAUCCCCUCAUAUCGUUUUUCCGAAAUUUAGCCUCUCAUCCCACAGGGUCACGUGCCACCACGCCA